UAAAUCGUUGGCAUUAUGAAGAGCAUGCAAUAAAUUUACUUCGCAGCUGAAACACAUAGCACAUCGGGGCAAACGUGGGCUAAGCGAACCAAGCCUCUCCCGGUUGCCCACACAAAAUAGGAAAACUUAUGAAAAUUUUACGGCCCUCCUUAUUGAUGGGAACGAACCAAUGGUAUUUUAAAGCGAGUCGCCAUAUUAGUGGGCGGAGGAGGCUGCGACAGUGGCGCUACUUUGGGGGAAACCCAAGUACUACCUAAUAUUCCUUUCGAUUCGUAUGAGAAUGUGUACACAUUUUACUGGUGUUCUGUAAAAGUUACGCAAAAUCAAUGAUACGGAAUCGAAUUUUUUUUUGAAAAGUUUCCGUGCGUGCGUGUAACAUGUUUAUCAAUCGUUAAUUGUAAUAAAAGUGCAAUUUUUAAUUGUGAACUGAGGAACAAUUGGAAUAUUUAAUUGACAGACGCAGGAAAUCGUCAUCCUCGUCCUUUUCAAAAAGUUUGUUCUGUGUGUUAGUGAAAGAAGGGAGUUUGUAUCGUCAUUGGUGAUGAAAUUGUCGUUCAACCGAAACUGCAUCACCACGUCUCCGUCGGCGGUGUCGGAAAACGUAGUAGCGGCGGUUGCGGCGGCGGCAGUGACCGCCGGCGGGGGCGGCGCCGGUACGAACGGCCUUUUGGCCCGGAUGAACAUGGCCGGUUAUUUGAAAUCUUCGGCCGCAGGACCACAUCCCCACGGACACUUUCCCGGUCAUCAUAGUCUCAGUUCCGGUAUACCUAUGCCCGCGCUCACCCCCUUCGGCCUGCCCCACUCGCUGGAUCCUGUCACAUUCCCCCAAGUCUUUCCCUAUUUGUCAGGUGUCAAUCCAAGGAAACAGCGUCGGGAGCGGACUACGUUUACUAGAGCUCAACUGGACGUUCUGGAAGCCCUCUUUGCCAAAACGAGAUAUCCGGACAUUUUUAUGCGAGAAGAGGUGGCUCUAAAAAUCAAUCUUCCUGAAUCGAGGGUCCAGGUUUGGUUCAAGAACCGUCGGGCAAAAUGUCGACAGCAAUUGCAGCAACAACAGAACAAACCUUCACCUAGAACGCCGACAACACCAACGAAAGCUAAGGGUAGCAAGCCCUCGCCCGUGAUACCAGUGACAAGUUCUACAACGACCAAUAACAUACCCCCCACGCCCUCUUCGUCGGUAUCACCUUCUUCAACGACCAUCAACAUCAAGAAGGAAUCUCCUCAAUUAUUGAACACUUAUCGCAGCACCAACGGAAACGUGACACCCGUCGGAAGCAACACGAGCAGCGUGAUAGCGACUCCGUCACCUCCGAUAACGCCAUCGAGUAACACAUCGCUCUCUUAUCAGCACGAUUCUUUCAACACAUUCAAUUGGCACACAAACGGACACAGUCCGCCACCUCAUCAUUAUUACGGGCAAAAUUACAACGCCGCCUAUUACAGCCAAAUGGAAUAUUUCAAUCAACAGAACGGACAAAAUCAGAUGCAAAUGGGCAACCACAUGGGUGGCGCUUAUCAAAUGGGCAGCUACUCGAUGACCAUGGGUAUGAGUGCCGGACACCAUCAGAACUUCAGUCCGAGGCAUCCGGACUGCAGUCUCGACUACAUGAACCAAAUGGUUUAGCCGGUAAGACUUACCGCUGCUGUCGUAUCUCGUUUUAUUUAAAUUAUUAUUAUUGUCUUGGACGACACGCGCCAUAUCAUCCACCUUCUUUUUAUGUUCUUUAACGCUAUGUAUCUACUCACAUGGAUACUUAUAUUAUCAUAAAAUGAUUUUUAUUAUUAAUAUUAUUACCUAUACAUAAUAAUAUCGUAUUAUGUAAAUAAGUGACAAUGUAAUUGAAAUGCUGACAAUGCAAGUGUUAGUACAAACAAAAUGUGUGUGAGUGCAUGUGAGCAUGCCGUUGCGUUGUAUGUGUCUGUGUACAUAAUAGGUGAGUAUAUGUAACAUGCAUGCAUAUCAGCAUUCACAACCGAUUGUGAAACACACGUAACUAAGCAAUAUACAGGAGCGCGGAAAUCGUGUCCAAGAUGUACCAUUGAAAAUAUUUUUUUUAUUAUUUUUUUAUUACUUACUCUAGCCGUAAGUUGAGCAUACCUAAGCCAAAUUUUUUAAUUAAAUUCGGAAAAAUUUUCAAUCCAGAGAAUAGUCAUACCCAGGUAGGUGCGGUAGGUACUUUUUCGCAACUGUAUAUUACUUAUACUGUGAUAGAGUGAUGUGCGAAACUUGAACCCUUUUUAUAUGUAAAUACAAAACAAAUCAGUGAACUAAUUAUUGAGCCUAAAUGUAUUAUACGUAGUCGAUAAUUAUUAUUAUUAUUAUUAUUAAGGUGA